AUGGAAAAUCUUACCAAGCAAGCUCUGAUUUGCAGUUUAUUAACAGCACUUGUUUUGUUAUCAUGUCCAGUAGCUAUGUCUCAAGAAGUUGAUAACGAGUCCGAGUUUACUUAUAAUACGAAUGACAAGACAGGACCAGAUAACUGGGGUGAUAUAAAAUCUGAAUGGAGUCUAUGCAAAAAGGGAUCCCUGCAAUCCCCGAUUUCUUUGUUGAAUGGUAAGGUUCGAAGAGUUACCAAUUUGGGGGAACUUAAGAUCAGCUAUAAACCAACCAAAGCAGAUAUCAUGAAUAGGGGCCACGAUAUCAAGUUACACAUGCUGCACCAAGCUCCAUCAGGACAAAUUGCAGUGUUUGGAAUUGUUUAUAGGGCUGGACUUCCAGAUCCUUUCUUGUCAUUGGCCAUUUCUAGUAACAUUGGAGCAAAAAGAGAUGUGGGUGAUCUGGAUCCUAAUCUGGUUAUAAAAGGCGCAAGCAUAGCAAUGUAUUACAGAUAUAUUGGUUCCCUGACUACUCCUCCAUGCUCUGAGAAUGUUACUUGGAUCUUGCUUAGAGAGGUGAGAGCCAUUUCUCAGGAACAAAUCACAUUGCUUCGAGAGGCCGUUCAUGAUCAUUCAAGUACCAAUGCAAGACCAUUGCAACCAUUAAACGAUCGCUUAGUGGAGUUCAACGAUCCCUGA